AUGAAUAAUGAUUAUAUGGAUGAAUCAAUUAUAAAUGAUAUAAUAAGAGCAGAUAUUGAAAGGAGAAAGAAAACAAUAGAUGAUAUAAUAAAUUUUAAGGAAAGGGUGCCAUUAGUUGAAUAUAAUAAAAAGGGCAAUGAAAUAUAUAUAUGUUCAGAAUACUAUUUUAUAAAUAACAUAUAUAUUAAUGUGACAUAUGAAAAUAAUAAAUUUAAGUUAAAUUUUGUGGACAAAAAUUAUUCAAACAUUGAAAAAAGAGAAGAAAAAGAGGAACACAUCUUUAAAAUAGAUGGAUUGGAAAAUAUGGAAAAGACAAGAAGCUUUGAAUUAGAUAUAACAAAUAUUGAACUAGAAAAGAGUAUAUUUAAUGAGCUUGAUAAAUUUUCAACUAAAAAUGAAGAUGCAAAUGAUUCUCAAAGUAAUAGUACCACGAAAGAUGUUAUAUAUGAUGAAAUUGGAGUUGUGAAAUUUGACAAAACUAUAAACAAUUAUUUAGAUAACGAAAUAAUAAAUAAAGAAUUAGAUGAUUGGAUUCGUUAUAUAAAGGGUGGAACAAGAAACAAUUAUAUAAUAGUAUUAAGUGGUACAUCAGGAUCUGGUAAAAGUACACUAAGUUGUUUGUUAAGUCUAUUUUUAAAUAUUAAUAGAAUUUUAUCGACAGAUAUAAUAAGAGAAAUUUUAAGAAAAUAUGACACAACUGGUGAUAAAUAUCUAAAAUUUUCAACAUAUGAAUCAUGGAAAUUAGUUAAUAGUGAUGAUGAAGAAUAUGAGGAAAAUUUAAAUAUGAAGAAAAAUUCAACAAAUAUAGAUAACGGAAUAGGAUAUAAUAAUAGGGGAAACGAAGACAAGACAUAUGAUACUUGUCAUGAUCCUAAUAUAAAUUUUUCAAACGGAAAAAUUAGGGAUGAAUGUGAAAAUUAUUUAUCCAACUAUAUAAAAGAUAAUAUUCCUCAUGCAGUAUUGAGAAAGAGAUGCAUUGAAAAUUAUUCAAAACAAUGUACCCUUUUGUUUAAUUUUAUCGAUGAAAUUAUUAAUUACCAUAUUAUAAAUAAUGAAUCUAUAAUAAUAGAAGGUGUACAUAUGAAUGCAGAUUUAAUAAAUAAACUGAAUAAUAAAUAUCCAAAUAAAAUAAUAUACUUUUUAGUUUAUAUUAGUGAUAAAGAGACAAGCAUUAAACGAUUUUCAAGUAGAACUAUUGAUUCAAAUACGGAAGAAAAUAAAUAUAUUAAAAAUAUUAAUUAUAUCAAUGAUAUACAAAAUAUUUUAAUAGAAACUACAAAAAAAUUAAAGCAUCCAAUUAACUAUAUUGAAAACAUAGAUAUUUAUAAUUCUUUGGAGCAGGCCCUUAAUAUAAUAUACUCAUCUAACUAA